AUGCCGGCAUCAGGGGACGAAUAUGUCGCCGAUGGAUCAGAUGACGACUUGCCCAGAGCCUCCACUCGCGGCCGUGCGGCGGCUCGAAGAGCAAAUGCUCGUGAAUCGAAUUUUGAGGUAACCAGAACCUGGGACUUGCUCGUUGAAGGCGCCGAUGGAAGUAUCACAGGCGCCGUUGAGGGUCUCCUUGAGGCGGGAAAGAGGAAAAGACUCCUCAAAGAUACCACGCCUCUCCAGCGCGGUAUCAUCCGCCAUCUGAUCCUCAUCCUCGACAUGUCCCUCUCCAUGAACGAGAAAGACCUUCGUCCAACCCGUUACCUGCUCACACUCUCCUAUACCGAAUCCUUCAUCCGCGAAUUUUUCGAGCAGAACCCGAUUUCUCAGCUUGGGAUAAUAGGCAUGCGCGACGGUGUCGCUGUCAGGAUCAGUGAUAUGUCUGGCAACCCAAACAAUCACUUGUCUGCGAUCCAGAAAUAUCGUAAGGAAGAGCCCAAAGGCAGUCCUUCGCUAGAAAAUGCGCUUGAGAUGGCAAGAGCAGGGUUGUUCCACUCGCCCAGCCAUGGGACCCGUGAGAUACUGUUGGUAUUCGGCGCCUUACACACUUCAGAUCCAGGCGACAUCCACAACACGAUCAGCAGUCUUGUCCAUGAUAAGAUUCGUGCUACGGUCAUUGGCCUUGCAGCGCAAGUCGCCAUUUGCGCUGAACUUGUCUCUAGGACAAAUGACGGCGAUUUGUCGCCCUACGGAGUCGUAUUACAUGAACAACACUUUCGCGAGUUGUACAUGGCUGUGACGACUCCGCCGAUUACCCAUGACAGUGCCAACAAAACUGCCCCCUCGCUCUUAAUGAUGGGUUUCCCUUCGCGAACUGUGGAGGAUCAUCCCUCAUUAUGUGCUUGUCACACGACGCCCAGAAGAGACGGGUAUCUGUGUUCACGAUGCAGUGCCAAAGUCUGCAGUCUGCCCAGCGAAUGCCCUGUGUGCGGGCUGACGCUCAUCCUAAGUACUCAUUUGGCGAGGAGUUAUCACCAUCUAUUCCCUCUUGUCAACUGGCUUGAAGUCCCCUGGUCAAAGGCUUACCGCAGUACUGCCUGCUUCGCUUGUUUGAAGCCUUUCCCUCCGGUUCCAAAGCCACAUCAGUCAUCGACAGCAGUCCACCCUCCAACGACCAGUACCGGCAGAUAUGAGUGUCCUGUCUGCAGGAGGCAUUUCUGUAUUGACUGUGAUUUAUUCGCGCACGAGGUUGUGCAUAACUGUCCUGGAUGCCAGAGUGCAAAGAUACAGACGAGCCUGAUGGGGGAGACAGAGCUCCCGGCUCCGAACGGGAGUGAAAUUCAGAGCGAGAGAAAUGGAGCACAGCAGAUUGGGACGGAGACUCAGAAUGGCAAUAGGAUGAAUGUUGAUUGA